UAACCGCGGCGCCCGUGGGGAACACGCUUCACUUCUUAGUUACUUUUUAAAUGAAACGACAAAGGGAUUACAACUGGAAACAAUUAGGAAGAUAAAGACGUUUUCAGGUGACAUGGACUCCAAACGCCAGAGCGUGGUGAUGGAGCGCCUUGUGAAUGAGCUCAGCUCACUGCUGAAGAUGCUGGACCAUGAGACGGUCAGUCCUGCUACUGCUGACAAGAUGGCCUCCAUACGAAACAUUCUGGACUCACUGCAACUGUCAGUCAAUGGAUCAGAUGUCUACAUGAACAGUUGUCUGUAUGGAAACGGCACUAGCUUCGUAGAGUCUCUGUUUGAGGAUUUUGACUGUGACUUGAACAUGCUCAGUGCAUCUCCAGUAGAGCAGAAAGAGCACAAAGAUGAAGAGGAGAAAACUCAUCCCAAUAAAUCUACACCAACUGACACACCUCCUCCCCUGCCAACUACACCUCUUCCUGAUGACUACUAUGAAGAGGCUGUUCCUCUAGAUCCUGGAUCCAGUCCACAGUACUUCACAACCACUUCGAGGAACUCUAUUGAGGAGGAUGCUUACUAUGAAGAUGCUGACAAUAACUACCCCACCACCAGGAUUAAUGGUCCUCCUAAAAACUCUUACAAUGAUUCAGAUGCUCUGAGUAGCUCCUAUGAGUCUUAUGAAGAAGAGGAAGAAGAAGCCAAGGGGCGCGACUCAUCUCAGAGAUGGACGGCUGAGGAAAACCCAGAUGGACCAGUCAGAGACUGCCGCGUCUGUGCCUUCCUUUUGAGAAAGAAACGCUUUGGCCAGUGGGCUAAACAGCUAGUAGUUGUCAGAGACAAUAAACUCCAGUGUUACAAGAGCAUCAAGGAGACCACUCCCCACACAGAACUCCCCCUGAAUCUUUGCAAUGUCAUCUAUGUUCCGAAGGAAGGCCGGAAAAAGAGGCACGAGUUGCGCUUCUCAUUGCCUGGAGGCGAAGCUCUUGUUCUAGCAGUUCAGAGUAAAGAACAAGCACAGCGAUGGCUAAAGGUGGUUCAUGAUGUUUGCAGCCAGUGUAACAACACUGAAGGACUGAAUGGAUCUACUUCUCCCAUUAUACAGAGGAAGCUGGAACUUGACAAGAUGCUGCAGUCUGACAGACAGGCAUCCGACUCAGACAGCAUGCCAACAGCAGACAGUCAGUCUACUGCACAAGGACCAGGCCGAGAUACCACUGACUCACUAAACAGGGGGAAACGCGGUGCGUUUUCUGAGCUGACGGGGUCGAUGAGCCGAGCAGCAGGGAAGAAAAUCAAUAGGAUCAUCACCUUCUCUAAAAAGAAGCCCCCUUUACCAGGAGAGCCUCCCUCAUCUUCCAGCCACCAUGAUAAUCCCCGCAGUGGUUAUCUCAGUGUGUGUCUUAGCGGUUCUUGGAAGGACCGUUGGUGUGUGCUGCGAGCUGGAAGUCUGUACCUGCAGAAGGACCCCGGGGACCAACGGCCCCCAAUCAUUGUGGUGCCUCUCAAGGGGGCAGAAGUGGUCCCAGGCGGCCUCGGGCCUAAACAUCCCUUCUCCUUCCGCAUCAUGCAAGGAGGCAACGAACUUGUGGCUUUAGAGACCAUCUGCUCUGAAGAUCUUGGUCGCUGGCUGGGUGUUUUAUUUGCCGAGACUGGCAGUGCCACCCUCCCUGAAGAGUUGCACUACGACUACAUCGACGUGGACACUCUCACUGACAUACGGCAUGCUGCCAGACACUCCUUCUUGUGGGCCACAUCCUCCAGCAGUGCUUCAGUAGACUUCAGAACUUAUGACGAGGUCUAUGAAAGUAUAGCGGACGAGGAGGUGGAGAGCAAGGCAGGUCAGGUGAGACGUCAUGCCUCCUUCUCCAGCAGGGACUCUGAAAAAACAGAACAACAGGCCGCCAUUAAGAGACACGCCUCCAAUGUAAAUCAGUACAGGCGGUAUGGGAAGACGCGCGCAGAGGAAGAUGCCAGGCAGUACCUGAGUCAGAAAGAGGAUCUGGAAAAGCAAAAGGAGGAGCUCAGAAAUACACUGAUCUCCCUCCGCAUGGAGAAGAAAGAGGUGAAGGAGGAGAUGAAGAGUGGCACAGGUCAUGGUGUGGAGAAACGGUUAGCUGAGCUGGAGACACUAUGUAAACAGAAAGAGGAGGAGAGGGUGGAACUGGAACUCAGACUGUCAGAAGUAAAAGAAAACCUGAAGAAAUCACUGGCUAGAGGAGCGCUGGGUCCUCCUACUGACACAAACAUCAGUGUCAAGGCGCAGAGAAAAAAGGUUGAAAAAGGUAACCAUGAUAUUGUUCCUAUCAACUCUGCAUCUGAGCUUCGUAAACGACCACCAUCUCUCUACGCUUCCUCCAGGGGGAAUGUUAUGCAAAAGGCAAAGGAGUGGGAGUCAAAGAAGGCGACCUAGACUGAACAUAAACAGAUCGGCAGAAGGAUUCUUGGAAAGGAAAAAAUGAGCUUUGGCAUAAGGAUGUGAAAAUGAGAAUAUAAGAAGCAUAAACUAGCUGGCACUGAAGAAAAGAAAAAGAGGAGUAAGUUGGACUACAUACUCCCAUCCUUUUAGAUAAAGAAAGAGCACAGAGAACAAAAUGCAGCAUCAACCACUGUUAAUAUGACAGACUUGAUAUACCAGUUCAGUAUUACUCUGUUACAGUUUGUUCUGUUAUAUGUGUGUUUACAUUUGCACAGGGCUGCAGAAAGAGAACAUGUAAGUACUGCAUGGAAAUGCAUAGCAAAGGGAGAGUGUGAUUAGAAACACUGAGUUUGGAGUUACAGGCAACGUCUCCUACAAAUGCCCACUGGUUUUAUUGCUUUUUUGUUGUUGUUUUAUACAAAACUUGGAACUAAAAUGAAAAAAGAUUAAGUGAAAUGUUAUUGUUAUGACUAUAAAUUAUCAUUAUUGGUGAGAAACGUAUCUCAUAUCUUGUCCUUUUUCGAAAAAAAAAAGAAACAGUAUGACUUGGAUAUUAAAAUAAAGUUUUACUGUUGCAAUGUGAAAUCACUGGUUUCAACCAUUGCAGUAUUUCUUUCAUAUUUGACUUUGCACUUUAUCUUGUUGUCUUUUGUGAUUUUAUAAAUGUUUUGGAAAUUACCGUUAAUGCCCCCUGCAGCCAAAUCUUUAAAGAUAAAUGCCUGUCUAUGUUUUAUCUUCUCUUUGCAGCAAUGUGAACAAAAACACACAUGUUGGAGUAAAUGAUUAAUGCGUCAAAAAACAAAAACAUUGUGAAAUGUGUUUUAUUUAUUUCUCUGCUUUUCCACGUCUUUCCUGCUUAGAACCUGCAGUUUGAGCACCUAAUAUAACAGAAAACAAGUUUGAAUGCAUUGAUCUGUUUACAAAAAGGGCCAGUUUACAAAACUGCUAUCAUUGCAAUGCUGAAAAGAUAAAGUACUCUCCUUUCUUCAAUCAUAGUCUCCUCCAAAUGCAACAGGUUCAGGAGAGCUACCCAGACACCGCUCUCUCCAGCAACUUUCUCCAGCUCUUCCAUGGGAAUCCUGAGGCUGGAAGGGAUAUGUGUAUAAUCCCUUCAGUGAUCUGAAUCUGCCCCAAGACAUGGUCCAACGCCAUUGGUCCAGGCCUGAUACAAGUAGAACGUGUCUGGAAAACCUCCAAGGGAAGUAAAUCAGGAGGCCUCCUAAUCAGAUACCCAAAUCACCUCAGCUCGCUCCUUUUGAUACAGAAGAGCAGUGACUCUACACCAAACUCCCUGCAGAGCUCCUUACCCAGUCUCUGAGGCUGAGCCCGACUACUUUCCAAAGGAGGCUCAGUUCAGCUGCUUGUAUCCUUGAUUUCAUUGUUGUGGUCACAU